GGAAGCCCAUCGUUUGUAUAGUUAUUUGAGGAGAGAAACCAAUCUAUCCUAAAAGGCUUUUUUUCUCUUUGCUCCUUUUUUUUUGUUUACUUUGUCCUUUUUUUGUGUUCUCUAUUGUUUAUAGUGGCCUCCUUUCUGUUAGACAAACCCGGAUACAAAUACAGUUUUGGUAUGUGCCUUUUUCUUCUCUUCUUUCAUUCUUUUGUUUCCUAAAUGACUCUAUCAUCAUCUUUUUCUUUCGAUGACUUGAUUAGUGCACUUAAUGAAAAAAACAUGAAAAAUAAGAAUCAUUACAAAAAUGUUGUUCUUUUAUCACAGCGUAUUCAGCUUCAAAUUGAGCUCAUAAAAACCUAUCGUCGCUACUCGCAUCGUUCUAGGCGCCUCAAUAAAAUUGCAAUUGAUCAUCAACAUACAAAAGAUCCACAAGAAGAAAUCUUGUCGCCUACUGAAACAUUUAUAAGUUAUUAUGAUGAUCGAAAUCAGCAUGACACUAAAGAAGUCUUUUAUUAUUGUCAAGAAGAAUUAUUAAUAGAUGAUUAUAGUCGACGCUCUUCAGAUGCCACUGCAGUUGAAGAAAUCAUAGACAAGAGUCUUCCAGAACGACGAUCGCAACUAUAUGCUUUCAAGCAUUAUGAUUCAGCUGUAGAAAUCGCACCACCAAAGACACAGACUUGUGCUACUCCUAAUAAAUCCAAGUUGCCAACUUCCAUCUCCUAUCAGCAGACAAUAAGCAAUUACUUGAAGCCUUUACCGGAGCCAAGGACAUUUUGUUUAUCCAGUAUCAAGCACGUUAAAAAAAAGUACCUUGGUAUUCGAGGAUUCUUUACUCGAUCGUAUCAUUUGGACAAUAUUGUAGUGUCUAAAACGUUAGUAUCACCUCAUUUGUACGCCUCUAGAGAUAAACUGACUGGUGAGAAAAGAGCAGUAUUGAAAUUGAUUGUGACCUAUAAAUACGAGAAUGAUAAUGCACAGAUCAACAAAAACGAGUUUUUUAUUGCAGUUCCAACAACAGACAUCUUGAAUCAACUAUAUUAUGACAGCCAACAACCAUUGCUAUUACCGACAAAAGCAGAUGAUGAAAAAAUCAAAAUGGCUUUAUCUCAAUGGAUUCAACUUCAACCUCAUUUACCUCCGUUCAAACAUGCCAAGCAAAUAUUCCGGGAAGGAUUUAAGGUGUAUGUGGUAGUGGAUCUUUUACAGAUAUUGAUGGCCGCAUAAAUAAUAAUAAUAAUAAUAACAAUAAAAAUCUAAUUUAUUUAAAAGUUAAC